GGCAUCGAGUGCACACAGAGCGGUGACGAGACGGUUGUGCGCUCCGUUGAUGUUGAUGCCGGUGAGAGGAGCCGGGUGGUCGUUACUGAGCGGGGAGUGAAUGAAGAACGCGGCCCGCGACAGAGCUUGCGCGUUUCACCCAACCGAGCACAGACAGAAAAACACAUAAGCACAUAGAUAUACACGUACAUUUCACAAUCAGACCCAGUUACUUGUAUCUGAACCAAAAUCUUUCCUACGCGGAAUUUUCCCCCGUAAUUAAAUAUUUAUAUUUCGGCUGGGGACUGAAUGGAACCGGACGGAGCGUCGACCGAGGUCGGAGGAGAGAGCGAAGUACCGGCGGCUGAAGAGGCGGCGAUAGAAGGAGCGGAGGGCGAUUUGUACCCGCUAGAAUCAUUCAGUAAAAAAACAUGCUUGGCUGAGAUGCCCUCUUCUUCUGGGAAUAUCGAUGCACCUACAAGCAGAAAGAUUGGACACAGAGGAGUAGAUGCUUCUGGAGAAACUACAUACAAAAAGACAACUUCAUCCACUCUUAAAGGAGCAAUUCAACUGGGUAUUGGAUACACGGUAGGAAAUCUCAGUUCAAAGCCUGAAAGAGAUGUACUGAUGCAAGAUUUCUAUGUAGUUGAAAGCAUAUUCUUCCCUAGUGAAGGUAGUAAUUUGACUCCAGCACAUCACUUCCCUGACUUCAGAUUUAAGACCUAUGCUCCAGUGGCAUUUCGUUACUUUAGGGAACUCUUUGGCAUUCGACCAGAUGAUUAUUUGUAUUCAUUGUGCAAUGAACCCUUGAUUGAACUGUCCAAUCCUGGUGCCAGUGGUUCUCUCUUUUAUGUGACUAGUGAUGAUGAGUUCAUAAUAAAGACUGUUGUAAACAAAGAAGCAGAAUUUCUGCAAAAAUUGCUUCCAGGUUAUUAUAUGAAUCUGAAUCAAAACCCAAGGACUCUCUUGCCAAAGUUUUAUGGACUUUAUUGUGUCCAGUCUGGUGGCAAAAAUAUCCGAGUGGCAGUGAUGAAUAAUGUGUUACCACGAGUGGUGAAGAUGCAUUUGAAGUAUGAUUUAAAAGGUUCAACCUACAAACGGAGAGCUUCAAGAAAAGAGCGUGAGAAAUGCAGGCCAACAUUCAAAGACCUGGACUUCAUGCAGGAUUUCGCAGAUGGGUUACUUUUGGACACAGACACGAACAGCGCUCUGAUUAAAACUCUACAGAGAGAUUGUCUGGUUUUAGAGAGCUUUAAAAUCAUGGAUUACAGUUUACUGUUAGGAGUUCACAAUUUGGACCAAGCAGAACGUGAAAGACAGGCUGAGGGAUUACUAAGUACCUCUGAUGAGAAGCGACCUAUUGCACAGAAAGCUCUAUAUUCCACAGCCAUGGAAUCUAUUCAAGGUGGAACUUCACGGGGCGAGUCAAUCGACACAGAUGAUACGAUGGGAGGUAUACCUGCCAUAAAUGGCAAAGGAGAGAGACUUCUCUUGUACAUUGGUAUAAUUGACAUUUUGCAGUCCUACAGAUUAAUCAAGAAAUUGGAGCACACUUGGAAAGCACUUGUUCAUGAUGGUGACACUGUGUCAGUGCACAGGCCAAACUUCUAUGCUGAAAGGUUUUAUAAAUUUAUGAGCAACACUGUCUUCAGAAAGACAUCACCCUUGAAGUCUUCCCCAUCCAAGAAAGGACGUGCUUCUCUACCAGUUCCUAAAUAUAUUGGUCCAGGGCAAGCUUUUUCUGCCAGUCAGAUUCCUACAGAAGAUGAAGAUAAACGGUAUGACCUGCGGGGAGCUAGGAGCUUCCCAACUCUUGAAGAUGAAGGACUGUUAGGCCGGCCAGAUCUCCUUCCUUGCACUCCCCCUUCAUUUGAAGAAGCAACUACAGCUUCAAUAGCAACAACCCUGUCAUCAACAACAUCCUUGUCAAUAACAGAACAGUCACCAUCAGAAGGCUCAGAGCAUCAUCAUCGCUACAGGAAAACUACACUAUCAUCAGCACCAGAUAUUGGAUCUGACGAGAUAGUCACAGAAACUGGCCUACAGCGGGUCACUGUUGAGCUGGAGGUAAAAUCCAGUAUCGAAACUGAGCAUACAGCUGAGGAGGAAGCAACAGAAGAAGAAGAGGACAAAACGUUAGUGGAAGUUCCUUCAGCAUCUGCACGUACAAGUUCCACUGUUACUUUGGAAGCAGAUACUGUGAGUCAAAUCUCAGAGGCAGCUAGCCACGCCUCUGAGGAGGCAGAAGAUGAUGAUGAUGAGGAGGUUCCAGCAACAGACAUGUAUUUUUUUAUGGAUGGAAAAUACUGGAUUUACUCUCCACAACGCAGUUUUUCUCGAGCUACUUCAAUUUCUGAUGAGAGUUGUGCAGAAGAGAGGGUCUGGAUUUACUCUCCUCUUCACUAUGGCUCUCACGUACGUUCAGUUUCAGACGGAGAAAGUGAAACUUAAAACUUACCCGAUCAUUUUUGAAGAAUGAAGAGGAAAGUUCUUCUGAAGAACUAUGUAUUUUGGUCUGAAGCUGCCUCACUCCAUGGAAUCAGUGGUAUCAUAUUAUCACUCAGGCUGGGCCCAAUGUGUUCCACUAUGUAGUAUGUGAAACUUGGGCAAAGAAAACAUCUGGAACAGAAUUCAUGUUGGGAAGUUGGAACCAAGACGACUUUGUUGGGAAUGGGAGUGGUGGGGCAGCAGGUGAACUUGUUUGUUAGUGUUAACAAAAUUUCUGCACAACUCUGCUCAUGCAGCAAUUAUAUCAUGUGAUUUUAUGUGGUCAAUACUUGUCAGUGACAAAUCACUGCUAAAUAAUCUGCAUCCAGCCGAAACCGGUUCAGUUAGAUUCUGUCUUCUCAAACAGAUUGCAGAGUGCCAUGAUCAACCUCUGUGAAUGUGCAUCUUCUUCUGUUUAUCCAAAGUUCGUGCAGCUUUAGACAAUGUGAUUCCAGUUGUGUAAAUCAUGUGCGAGCGGUCAAGCUCUUCAUUUUGUGCUGAGCUUAAUUUUGCUUUAGUAUUAGUCAACAUUAAUUUGUUUGUGAAUAUAAGUAGAAAGCUGAGUUAUACUGAAGCACUGAAAGCUGUAGACCAGGAAGCACAAUUCAAAAAUGAACAUGCCUCAGAUGGUGAAAGUGCAUUUUCCAGAAUUGAAUAUGCAGUUGUCAUUUUAUUUAUUUUUCAUGGGAAGAAAAGUGUAGAAAGCAGAGCAGUUUUGUGACAGGCAAUCAAUCAGAAACCUUGAUUGCGUACACAUAUAUAUGAAAAGCCUUCCAAAGCUGCAAGUCUUUUUGUGACUUUAGUUUUUAUUGUGCGUCUCAAUCAGGUUGAGAAAUAUUCAAUGGGAUAAAGCAUUUUCCCAAAUCUGAAUCCCAGGUUUAAAAUCAAGUAUGUCACAAGUCAGGUGCAACACAAACUGUAUGCAAUAUCAACUUUCUGUAUGUUGCCAAUUAAGGAUGAAGUACUUUACUAAGUAUAAGUGCAGCAUGGGGUCAAAUGCAUAUAAAAUGUUUCCUUUAUAUUAUCCCAACAGUGUAUCUUAGCCACAGCAUUUGAAAAGCACUUCCCUUGCUUCUGUGACACAUCAUGUUUCUGAAAUGCAUGUGUUUUCUGAACAGAUCAUUCUAGAAAUGUCAGCUGCAAUACAGAAUUGCAGAUGUGUAUAAAAACUUGAUGUUUUGAAUUUUGUAUAUCUAAAUCUUUUAAAGUGUUGCAACCCAAAUUGAACCUGCGUAGUGUAUGAAAAUAUCCAAAAUAUGUCAUGAAUUAUCUUACAACUAUGAACGUUACACUUAAGUAACUAUGAAAUGAACUAUCAUAAGAGGUUUGACAAACUUGAAUGUUCCAUUUCUGUUAAAGCAAUUGUGUCAAGGAUAUUAUAUUCCUAAUCCAUCUUACAAAUUAAUGGAAAUAAGUAGUGAGUUGUUCUUCCCAAAUUAUCCAUUAGAAAGAACCUACUGUUGUUCCCCCUCCAGUCCAUCCUCAUAACUCAGCUGUUUUAAUUUAGGAUGUCAAUACUGCAGCCCCAUUAGACCUGGUAAUUAGGUACUUCAUACACAGGUAAUUUAGUCCAAUUCGUGACUAGAUCUUUUACUCACUAGUUUGUGCUGUGUGAAGUUUCUGUUCUUGCAAUUUACAAAUUCUAAAGAAGAGCCUAAAAGUACGUUUAAACUUUGUAGAUGGCCCUGACAUUUUAAGUGCACAAUUUCACGAGUUUUAAACUUGUAAAUUUUUUGUAAUUAACCUAAUUGGUUCCUGAUCACCAAUAUGUAUCAGGUGUAAAGUGUCUGCUCUGCCCAAUGUUAAUUAUUGUUUUCCUUUACUUAGAAAUCAAAAACCAAGAAAAGUUGAAGAGAAAUAUCAUUAUUUGAUAGUCACUCAGGGUUGGACAUAUGUUUGUAUGGAGAUAAGAGGCAUGAGAUCAAUUAAAAUAAAAAUCCAAGAAACCUUGAUAUCCUGACACUAGAGCAGUGACUAUGCUUCAGAGUGCCACAUUGACUGUAAAAUACUUUGGGACUUCUUAAGGUCAUGAAAAGCAUUAUAUCGAUACAAGUUGUUUCUAAACCAAAACAGUAAAGCCUGUUUUAGUUUUUAACAGAUGUUUGAACUGCUGCUGUUAAAUAACUAACUAAAAAAAUCACUUUUUAAAAAAUGUAUACUGCCAAUUCUGUUGACAUUAUUUCCAUCCCUUUUUUGUGCUGAUUGCUGAUACCAACUAUAAACAUUUUCUAUGCUGUCAACUGAGUGCAGAUCACGUUGAAGGACUUAACAAUGAUAUUUAUUGAAAUACUAACUGCAUCAAAUAUAAGACUUCAGACAUGAUCAAGUUUUAACAAAUAGUUGUUUUACCAUUUGUAAGACUCCAGCUGAACCAUAUUAUGAUUGAAUGAAUAAUAGUUCUCAAACACAUUCCUUAAAUAUUUUCAAAACUAAACUUAAAGCAAAAGAUUAGUUACUUGCGUAGGCGUUGCAAGUUUAAUUGAAAAUAUUUCUUCCACUAUACAUUCCUUCUGACUACAGUUACCACUGUUUGAGCACUAGUACCAUUUAAAAUUCAGAUAUGGUUUACAUUGCUGAAAAAUUUCUGUUAUAUACUUUUCUAGUGUUAACCUCUGUCAGAUUGAUGUGGGAAUUUCUAGUAUUAGGUCAUUGCUUACUCCAGUUGUGAAUUCUGACUACCAGUGCAUUUGAAUUUGGAGAAUCUUGAUUUUGAAGGCUUGAGUGAAUUGACGUCCUGACACAUCAUUCAGAGACUGGGAAUUAGAAAAAGAUAUAUUUUCACAGAUAUUUAAGGGCAUAUUUGAUACAGUUUAUUCUGUUCACGAGUGUUUGAUGUUUAAUUUAAAUACGUUGUUACAUUUUUAGAUGUUAAGGUAAUCAGACCUGUUUGGUUAAUUUUGGUAAAAGCAAAAGGAGAAUGAGUUGGUGCCAGUCAGGAAGGAGUUGGUCCCCAUGAUCUUUUAUAAGCCUUGAAUUGUGAACUCAGAAUAAACAAUAAUCCAAUGCUUAAAGUUUGCUAAGUUUGGUGUAUAAACAAUUAAGACAUUGGAAAUUGAAUCUCCAGAACAGCCAAUCUAAACCAGUGAUAGGAAGGCAAAUUUGCAUUUAAAGUUUUGCAUUUAUUUGAAUUAUGCCCUUCCAUCUUAUUUUGGAAUGAUUAGGAGUCUAAAUUAGUUUUCAUAUGUUUCCUCAGCCCAUGUACCUAAUGAAAAGGUAGUUUAUUUGAAAAAGCUGUUAUGUAUGUAACAGAUUUGCAGAACUAUCUCUGUUUUCUAACUGACCCUGUGGCUUCUUCAGAUAUAAGCUUCCUCCAGAAUAAAAUUCUCUCCUAACCCUGCUUCCCUCCCUAGAUCAAUGCCAAUCUACUGUUGGUCUAUUUUGGGUUGUAAUUAAGGGAUGGAACUGUUUAUCUAUUCGAACUUGCAGCCCCACCCACCCCUAACACACACACACACACACGUUCAAAAACAGCGUAAAUUAUCUAAGUGUCCCUCUGCAAAGAAGCUUAAUUGGUGAUCUUAUUUUGCUGAAGGCCAUUUUGCUGACAAAGUAGUAGAUAUAUCUCUCAAUCAUGCAAUAUCUUUUACUUAAUUCUUUACACAAUGAAACUUGUUUUAAUUUUGCGCACACUCACUGACCACAUUGCUUCCACAAAUCAUGCAGUGUCUGGCUGUCACAAUCUAUUUAAAUUGCAACUUAUGACUUUGUUUCAUUACCAGUUGGCUCAUGCAUCACUUUCCAAAUUGUUUUUGCACCCCACCUGCUUUGAUGGAAAGGGCAGUGUGGUUCUUAAGCUGUGGAAGAGUUUUGACCACAGGCAGUUCAAUAAAAGGAGCAUUCUGCUCAUUUGAAAAAGUGAAAUUAAACAAAUUAUGAAGGAUUGCUUAUUUUAAACAUUUUCAACCUUUUUAAAUGGCAUGAUAGCUAGAUAAGAGAGUGUCCUUUUUUUAAAGAAACACAGUUUAACAAAAUCAUUGUCAAGGUUGUUCUCUUCAUUCUUGAGUCACAUGUAGAGUUGAAUUCUUUUCAAAUUACAUUUGUACUCCGGCUAACCGUAAGGUAGCUAUUAGGCAGCUACAUUGUCCUUGGUGCAUUUUAAUUACAGAAGUAAAUGAUCAGUUAGGGUUCUCUUUCUCAAAUACUGUACAGUGCUUCAUGCUGGAAAAUGUCUCUCUGGACAUAAUUUGCCUUGGCUAUCUUGUUCCUUGCAGUUUGCUGUUUUCUGUCACCCAAAUUUGAAUUCACAUGAUUAUUGGCCACUAAGGCGCUCGAUGUGUAGGCCGAGUUAUUCCGAUGUAGUAAUGUAUCCCAUUUGGUGCUUUGGGAGCGUGAUGUCGAAGGGAGGAGAAUUGAAAUAAUAGGGUAAGAAGUCACACUUAAUACAAAAGACCUUGUUCAGAAUUUUGUUGUCCAGUGUUUGGAAAGCAGUAGCGAGUUCAAAUACUCCAGAAGAAGGGUCUUCCCUUUAAAAAUUCCGUACAUAGUAUAGCUAAGCUUCCACAAUAUUUGCUGUCAACUUUCCUAAUACCAAUAAAGUUCGCUAAUAUUAAGUUUCCAAAUGGAAUGAUGAAAUUACAGUCAGUUGCUACUUUCUCCUUUCCUUUUCAAGCACAGUUGAUUCAAGUAUGACACAGUAUUAACAUCUUGGCAUUUGAUGCUAAAAAUGCAAGGAGGGAUAUGCUUACGAGAUUAGGCUGCUUUUUGAGAAACAGUAGAGGUGCUGCACAGUUCUUCCCUUGUUUGUUAUUUCAGAUUCACAGCAUUUCCAUCUUUACUUGAUCUAUAGAUAACUGGAGUGAAAAUUCAGAUGAAUUUUGCCCUAGAAUAAUUCAUCUCCUAAGAUGCAGGUAGCUAUCGCAUUCAUCAAUCAUUAGGAUUGAUGGUAGCGUCCUAUGGUUCAGUACUAAAAUAUUGACUGCUGUAAAUCCCUAUGAAACAUAGCUUGAAUAAUUUUUACAGUUAACUGGUGAUAGAGGUGAAAAUACACUUCCCAAUAAAUUGUGUUAAUUAAAUUUGCCUAUCUUGGCUGGCAAUUUAUUGCACACGUUAAAGUGUUGGUAUUAGUACUAUUUUCUCAUGUUUUUGUAUCCAUACAGGUUUUCCUGCUUAUAUUGCUAGAGAAAAGUAACAAUAAUUGUUGCACAAUGAACCGCACACUUUGGCAUUUAAAACAAAAUCCAUGGUUUGUUCACUAUAGUUUUAAAAUGCACUGUUUUAUGGCAGCAAAUGUCACCACCUACUUAAUCAGGAACAGAAAGUAGCUAAUGUGAAACAAGUUGUUAAUGAAUAUUUUAAAAGAAUUUAAUGUCCUGGCUAGAAAUGUGAGAGAAUGGUUUUGUUUCUGUUGUGAAAAGUAUAUUUUGAACAUGAAAUUUCCCACUUUACAAUAAACUAACUUCAUUUAA